AUGAAGGUGGAGUUGCCCUGCCACGCACCCAGCCCUGGUAAAGUGUGGGCAGAACUGCCCUCAGAAAUCAGACCCAUUUUCCAGACUGGAUGCCCUUACUGGGUACGUGGCCCCAGGCUAUGUGCCUUAAAUGCAUUACCGUGGCUCAUCCUCAGAUCAACACUAUGGGGAGGAAUUAGCCCCAUUUGUCAGGACACCCACCGCCGCCACCUGGUGAGGAGGGGGCCUCAGGCCUGGCAUGAAGCUCCUCCAAGCAGCCUGGCACCUGCCCCUGCUGCACAGGAGGCUCCUCGUCCUGCCGGGGGCCCCAGACCGCCCCGCUGUGGCGUGCCUGACCCACCUGAUGGGCUGAAUGCCCGCAACAGACAAAAGCAGUUCGUGCUGUCGGGUGGGCGCUGGGAGAAGACUGACCUCACCUACAGGAUCCUUCGGUACCCAUGGCAGCUGGUGCGGGAGCAGGUGCAGCGGACGAUGGCUGAGGCCCUGAAGUUGUGGAGCGAGGUGACACCACUCACUUUUACUGAAGUGCAUGAGGGCCGUGCUGACAUCAUGAUUGACUUCACCAGGUACUGGCAUGGGGACGACCUGCCAUUUGAUGGCCCUGGGGGUGUCCUGGCCCAUGCCUUCUUCCCAAAGACCAACCGAGAAGGGGAUGUCCACUUCGACUACGAUGAGACCUGGACUAUUGGGGAUGACCAGGGCACAGACCUCCUGCUUGUGGCAGCCCAUGAAUUUGGCCAUAUCCUCGGGUUACAGCACACGACGGCUGCCAAGGCCCUUAUGGCCCCUUUCUACACCUUCGGCUACCCACCGAGCCUCAGCCCAGAUGACCGCAGGGGCAUCCAGCACCUGUAUGGCCGGCCCCGGCCAGCCCCCAGCUCCAGGCCUCCAACUCUGGGCCCCCAGGCUGGGGUGGACACCAACGAGAUUGCACCACUGGAGCCGGAAGCUCCACCAGACGCCUGCGAGGUCUCCUUUGACGCGGUGGCCACCAUCCGUGGCGAGCUCUUCUUCUUCAAGGCAGGCUUUGUGUGGCGGCUGCGUGGGGGCCAGCUGCAGCCAGGCUACCCUGCGCUGGCCUCGCGCCACUGGCGGGGACUGCCCAACCCCGUGGAUGCAGCCUUUGAGGAUGCCCAGGGCCACAUCUGGUUCUUCCAGGGGGCUCAGUACUGGAUGUAUGACGGUGAGAAGCCAGUUGUAGGCCCUGCACCCCUCUCUGAGCUGGGCCUGCUGUGGUCCCCGGUCCACGCAGCCUUGGUCUGGGGUUCUGGGAAGAACAAGAUCUACUUCUUCCGAAACGGAUACUACUGGCGCUUCCACUCCGGCACCCGCCGUGUGAACAACCAAGUGCCCCGCCGGGCCACGGACUGGCGAGGAGUGCCCUCUGAGGUCGAUGCCGCCUUCCAGGAUGCAGACGGUUACGCCUACUUCCUGCGCGGCCGCCUCUACUGGAAGUUUGACCCUGUGAAGGUGAAGGUGCUGGAGGGCUUUCCCCGUCGCGUGGGCCCCGAUUUCUUCGGCUGUGCAGAACCUGCCAACACUUUCCACUAACCCUGGCUCGGAUGCCCUCAGGGCCCCUGACCCUUGCCCAGCCGCGGACUUCACCUAGAGACCUGUGGCCAUCUUUGUGACUGUGGGCAUCAGGCAUGAGACAGAGCCUGUGUCUCGUCAGACAUGACAACUGCAGACAAGGCCACGCGGGUCGUGGUCACCUGCCAGCAACGGUCUCAGACUGGGCAGGGAGGCUUUGGCAUUACAAGUGGGGGUGGCAUUGGGCCGGCUCUACCCAACCUGUGCAGGUCACCGUUGAACCUCAGGGAGCUGUCCUCGCUCUCUAUCCCUGUCCCUCAGGAAAGGACCUCCCCUAGGUUUGCGGGAGCUGGAGCCCUUGCUCUGUCCCUGCUUCGAGGUUCCUGCAGGGGUGCUAGCACAUGGAUCCUGGGGCCCCAUGGCCUUCUGCCCUUUCCUGAGACGUCGGCUUGGAACUGGCUGCCUUCCAGUUGGUGAUCCUGGAGAUCUGUUCCCCCGAGAUCCGGGCCAGAAGGUCCAGAGUCAGCCGGGGAGCGGGGUGCUUCCUGCUGGAGACCCAGGGCUCUGAAGGCCCCAACAUACCUCAAUCCUCUCCUGGGCCAGACCCUCCCCAUCCCCCUCAUCCUAGCACUGAGACCUUCCAAAGCCAUGUAAAUAUGUGUACAAAGCCUUUUUUUUUUUUAAUUGAGGUUUCUCAUUAAACAUGGUCAUGAUAAUUUCCUA